CGUUUCUUAAAAAUGUUCAAGAACAAAAUAUGAACUCUAACCUAAUUGUGUAGCAGCAAGUUCAUUUUUCUUUACAUUACUUUUUAUGAUAUUAAAAAUAACCUACCUCAUAAAUAUCUUAAAGUAUUUAAAAAUGACAAUUAAAUCUUAAUAUUAUUAAAAAAUAGAUUAAUAAUACAUUUCCGUAAGUAUCUUUCAUGUUGGAAGAAGAAAGCUCUCUUAUCUCAUCGAACAUUCGGUGUACACCCAAGGAUCCUUGGUGUACAUACACUAGCGUGCACGAGCGGCGUGCAUUUGGCAUGCGCACUUCUUGUGGUUGGUUGGCAGACUCUCGUAACAACUCUCAAGCAACGUGCAGCGCACGUUGGCUGUGGACACGAGGAACAGAGUGGAGUGUUUCGGGAAGCUGGACUUCGCUAGACACUCUUUGGAUUUCUGGAAUCAACUUCGUGAUUCCACACCGCUGACGACGAUGUGCGACGAGCUCACGAUCGACAAGUUUCCCGCUUUGCGGUCGAGACAUGUUUACAUUAAGGACAAAGUCGCUCUCCUGAAGACGAUAAAUACGAUUCGGCGAGACGGUGCGAGUAAUCUGCAGAUAGUCACGGACUUCGACCUAACCGUUACGAAGCAGCACAUAAAUGGCACACAUGUACUCAGCAGCUUUGGUAUGUUCCGAAAAUGCAAGCAAUUGCCACAGCACUAUCUGGAUUCAGCUAAACUUUUAUAUGACAAGUACAGACCUAUAGAAAUAGAUCCAUAUGUGCCUUUAAACAAGAAGGCAGACGCUAUGCACGAUUGGAUGAGCAUCGCGAAUAAUUUAUUGAAGGGGAUUGAGUUUAAUCCUCAUGAAUUAGAGGAGGUAGUCCAAUUAUUUGACAAUAUAUUGCGCGACGGAACGGAAGGAUUGUUUGAAAAACUGUACGAUGCGAAAGUGCCGAUUAUAGUGUUUAGCGCCGGUUUAGGCGACAUAGUGGAGGCUGUAUUAAAGUAUCACAAUGCUCUCUUUGAUAAUGUAAAAGUAAUCUCCAACUUUCUUAAGUAUAAUGGAAAUCAAUUGGAUGGAUUUAAGAAUGACGUGCUUAUACACGCGUACAAUAAGAAUGAAUGCGCAAAAGAUCAUCUGAUGGUACUUCAAAACAGACAAAAUGUGUUGCUGAUGGGCGACACGAUUGGCGACGCUCAUAUGGUACAAGGAAUAAAAGAUACUAAGGCAGUUUUGAAAAUUGGAUUUCUUUACGAGCACGUGGAGGCCAGCUUAGACUCGUUCAUGGAAAAUUAUGAUAUCGUUCUCGUCGAUGACCAGACUAUGCAGGUGCCAAUGGAAAUAGUACAAAAUGUCUUGUAAUACCAUCUGUAUCAAUGCUCUUCUUUACCUUUGCGUGUACACGUGUGCAUCUUCGAAGGUGAAAACGUCACGAAUACGUGAUCACUCACUUGCUGUAAUUGAAAAUACAAAGAUAACUUGUUUUAUAAUUAACAUAUUUUAAAUACAUUUCUUAAUAUAUUUUUAAUAAUAAUGUACAUCUGUAUGGAUAAGCUAUAAGUUACGCUUACAUUUCUGGUAAAAGGUAUGUUUUAAAAGUGUGUAUGUUAAAUUAAUUUUUAAUUGAAAGUGAAACAUUGAAAAAUGUAACAUUUAUAAAUUUUAUAAAUCUAUGUAUGUUUGAAUGUACAACGUUUGAUUCAUAUUAUGUAUUAUAAUAUUUGAAGUUGUAACUCGCGAAAACUUAACACCAUGUGUUCUUUGAUAGUCGAUACUUAAAUAUGAAAUUACAUCUUGUAUUUUUAACAAGUAUUUUUGCCAAUUAUAUCUAUUGCUAUAGAUUCAAAAUAACUUUAUUAUAAUUGUCAGAAAAAAUGACUAUCUCUAAGCAAUUGAACGGUAAUAUCUCUAUAAAUUAAAUUUUAAUAUCUAACUGGACUUGAUGUUAAGUAAUAAGAAGAUAAUCUAAAAUGUUAAGACGCGUGCGCGCGUGAAAUUAAAUGUUGAGUUUUUGAGAAUUAAAUGAUUAUGAAAAAGU